UUAAGGUAUCAAUUAAACAUAUUUAAUGAAUAAAUCAGUCACCAUAUUUUAGUUAUCUUGCUGUUGUGAUAUGGAUACUAGGAGAAUAUUAGUGUAAUUGAUUGAAAAGUCUAUGCAAAAUAUAAUCUGCCAAUAUUCCUCCGAUCAACUUACCGACAAGUGAAUAUCAAAUAUGAAUUUUUAUAUACUGCUGACAAGUUUGUUACUGUUUUUCAUGUCUUUUCCGAUGAUGACUUAUUGUCAAAGUGGUACGGAUGUGAGUGCACUGUUAACUCAUUUAUUCACAACUGAAGGUUACAAUAAAAAAGUGCGACCCCUGAAAGAUCAAACAACAGCAAUAGAAAUUAGAGUGGACUAUUUUCUUAACUCUGUAAUCGAUUUCAGUGAACAAGAAGAAAAUUUGAAAAUAUCUGGCUUUUUAAGUUGUACAUGGGUCGACGAGUAUUUGAAAUGGGACAAUGCUUCAUUUUCUAACAUCCAUGAGUUAUUCAUUCCGCAGGAUGAUAUUUGGAAGCCGGACAUUUCCCUCAGGAACACAUUUAAAUCCUUUACUGGACUUGGUGCCAGUUACCUGAAUGUCUUCGUUACAUCUAAUGGGGUUGUUGAAUGGAACCCAUACCAGGUUCUGGAAUCAACUUGUUCGGUGGAUAUUACAUUUUUUCCAUUUGACACACAGAUAUGUGAGUUGAAGUUCACAGCAUGGAGUUAUACACAAUCUCAUGUCGAUCUGGAUGUGGGGAGCAAAGGUGUACAACUUGAAGAGUAUGUAGAAAAUUCCGAAUGGGAAUUAGUGCAAACGUCAGCAAGAGAGACGAAUACCGAUGAAGCAGCUGUAUUCUUUACGUUAAAAUUAAAGAGGCGACCAAACUUUUACGUGUUGAAUAUCAUUGUACCAGUAAUUUUCCUCUCCCUCCUGGACAUAUUUGUGUUCAUUCUGCCUGUGUCGUCUGGAGAAAGAGCAAGCUAUGCGAUCACAGUUUUCUUGUCAAUGGCCGUUUUCUUAACAAUAAUAGCAGCAGCAUUGCCACAAAAUUCUGUGACAACGUCCUUGUUGUCGGUAUACUUAAUGCUUAUGAUAAGUUUGAGUACUUUUAUUGUUAUUUUAAGCAUUGCAGAAUUGAGACUUGCAACUCGAGACGUCAAUAUUCAACCUAUAGGCAAAGGCUUUAUGUUUUUCAUUAAAUGUUCAAAUGUAAUCACAUGUAAGGUCUGUAGAAAGUCAGUGGCUCCAACGAGGCAACUAAGUUCGAAAGUAAAGAAGCGCAAUCUUCCGGAUGGUAGCGUGACAUGGCCGGACAUCGUUGAAGCUAUAGAUAUUGUCUUCUUUUGGAUCACAAUGAUAUACACCCUUCUCACCACCCUUAUCAUCGGUGUAGUGGCUGUGAAUGGUGGAGAUACUUAGAAAGCUAUGUUUUGUCACAUGUUUUGUACCAUCAUGCCAAUGUUAUCAACAUGGUUCUAUAUAUUUAUUACAAACGUCGCUAGUCUGUAGAUGCUGCUUCAAUCAUUUAACUGUCAGAAAUAUAUAUAUAUCCUGCAUGUGAUUACAGUUUUAUUGCAUGUGGGAAAUUACAUGAAUUUACUAUAAAAGGUGGCAUCCACGACAAGUAAGAUUAUUGCAAUAUCCCCUUCUAGAAGCGAGAUUCUGACCCGGAACAAAAAUAUUCAGACGUCAAUUUCUUUUAAUUAUUAAAGGUGGAAGCCUUUUUACCUUAUAUAAAAUGACAUGAUAAAUACUUGUAUUGCCGAAAUAAAACCCAAGUUCAAAUAAAAAGGUUUUGUUUUCCAAACUUCAAAUCAGGAAACUGGAACAUGCUACUGCGAGUGGGAAGUGGAACGGUGGUAUACCCGUCUUGUUGAUGAAUAGAUGUUAUUCGGAAUGGGGUAAAUAUUCUUCUUGCUGACAAAAAGAUGGGACGGUGGUGGCCGUCUUGUACAAAAUAAAUGUUUUUGUUAGAGGCACUUUUAUAACCGUCUGGUAGGUAUGUAGAUUUUAUUGUGAGCGGGACGAGUAUGCUUCUUGUUGACAAAAAGAUGUUACUGGGAAUUUUAUGGUGUUCCCGUCAUGUAGACAAAAAGAUGUCACUGUGAGUGGAAAUGGUUAUCGCCGUCUUACAGACAGAUUUUACUUUUUACUGGGAGUGGGACUGGUACCAGUGUUGUAGAUAUAUAUUUGUUACUGUGAGUGAGACGGGCGAUUGGGACAGGUAUAACUUUCUUGUAAGAUAAUAUAUGAUACAGUGAGUGGGACGGGUAUACUCGUUUUGUAGGUAUCAAAAUGUUACUAAAAGAGCAUUGUACAAGUUACUCCUGGAAAUACAUUGAUAACUAUUAUGUGUUCUUACAUUUUAGCUUUACAAAAUGAAUAAACUUGAAAAGUAUGAAAAGUGUUAAUUAGUCUUAGAUGUAUGAUUUUAUCACCAGAUGAAAGGAAAAAUAUUCAGACGCUGUUACCAUGGCAACAUUGAAC